AAAAAACACUUAUUAUAAAAUGGUGGGAGUAAUAGGGAGACAAAUUUCACAAAAUGUAUAUAGGUGAGAGACACCUCAACAUGUUCAACAAAAUGAAGUCACUGCUUUAAACUCAAAACACUCUUCCUUUCUCCACUAAUUCAAAUGACGUAUCACUUACAUGACCACAACAACAGUAGCAGCAUCAAACGCAAGUACGAUGAUGACAACGUCGUACCUCCGUCUCCGACAUCAACUCGGAUUCAGUUCUUCAUCCGUUUGUUUUGCGGUGGCAAAACUCUAGUCCUUCAAGGGAAUUCCAGCGACACAGUAGCAUCAGUUCACCUUAAAAUCCAGUCGAUCACAGGAAUAACAGGAAUGGAGGAGCAGCGGUUAAUCUACUGCGGGAAACAGCUUCAGCUAUCGCAAACAUUAUCGGAAUGUGAUAUCCAAAACGACGCCACCUUGCAACUCAUAGGGCGAAUGCAAAGCACGCGCCACCCUCACACGUGGAAGCUGCUGAAUUACUUGAAUUCCCUUAUUAUUGACCUCUGCAGCUGCACUAAUAAUUACACGGCUAUUAAUUCUAAUGCCGGCCAUAUAAUGAAGAUGCUUACCAAGUUUCUUACAAUGACUCCAAAGGAAAAUAAAUCUGAUGAAUAUCUCCUAAUGUUUAUUUACUCCUCUGUUCCUGCAUCGCUGGUAAAGCUUUAUAUGUCUCCUAAUGCAUUUAGCAAACAAGCUGCGUAUAAAUUCAUUCGUCAAAUUAUAGUUUGGUGUAAGACACUUUUCCCGGACCCUGUAAUAGUAUAUAGUCAGUGUGCUCCUCUAUUGUUAGAGUUUUGUAAGCUUCUGAGACGGACAGCUGGUGUUGAUGAUGCUUUGUAUAUAUUUUGUCGGAGUAGUUUAGCGAAUAUGAUAGAGUGGUGUGGCCCUGAUGAUGUUAAGUAUAUGUUGAGAUUGCAAGAUGCUUUUCCUUUUGUUCGUGAGUUGGCAACAAGGUUAUCACAUGCUUUAGGAUUGAGUGUUCGAUCAGCUGAGUUUAUGGGGUUAUUAGGUAGUGAUGUGUGUGAGUUUAUUAAGUUUAUGCAUCCGGUAAAGAGUGCAAUACGACGUCAAGAAGCAUUUGGAAGGGAAGGAUUUGAAAUGCUGAUUGAAGGUGUGCAUUGUGUUUUUUGUAAAUUGUUGGAAAAAUUGGAGCUGUGUCUAAAGAAACUGGAAAGCCAGCUGUGUUUGAAAAAAAUAGGGAGAUGUGAGCCUAUUGUACUCUGUUGGUCUAAGUAUCUUGUAAUUCUAAAGGAGUUAAAAAGCAUUUCGAAACUGUAUAAGGGUUUGGAGGAAGUCUUUUGGGAGAAGAUGAGACAAAGAAGAGUUGCAUUGUGCUUUUUGAUAGUUAGACUUUCAAAAAGUUCUAGAGAUUAUCAGUGGAUUCUUAAGCACAGGGAGGUAGCUCAGUUUAAGAUGAGGCGGCGUUUUGCCUUGAAGAUGCUUCGAGAAGGGAGCAACAAGAACGAGGAGCUAUAUGAGAUGCUCAUUUGCAGGUCCCAUUUGUUGGAAGAAUCAUUUGAGUACAUUGGACGUGCGGAUCCUACAUCGUUGCAAGGCAAUUUAUUUCUGCAAUUCAAGAAUGAAGAAGCUACCGGGCCUGGUGUGCUGAGGGAGUGGUUUUCCUUGGUAUGUCAAGCUAUUUUCAACCCUCAAAAUGCUCUCUUUGUUUCUUGCCCAAAUGAUGGUAGAAGGUUUUUCCCAAAUCCAGCAUCUGAAGUGGACCCGUUGCACCUUGAGUAUUUUAUCUUCUCUGGCAGGAUGAUUGCGUUGGCCUUAAUGCAUAAAGUACAAAUCAGCAUUGCAUUUGAUCGUGUGUUCUAUUUGCUAUUGGCUGGAAAGAAUAUUUCGUUUGAAGACAUUAAGGAUGCAGAUCCGUACUUGUACAGUGGCUGCAAGACGAUACUGGAGAUGGAUACGAAAAUGAUGGAUCAAGAUAUCCUAGGCCUAACAUUUGUUUGUGAAGUUGAAGAAUUGGGAUCCAGGAAAGUGGUUGAGCUUUGCCCCAAUGGGAAAGAUACCAUUGUGAACAGUGAGAAUAGGGAUGAGUAUGUUAAUCUUCUUGUUCAACACCGCUUUGUCACAUCAAUUGCUCAGCAGGUAGCCCAUUUUGCUCAAGGUUUUGCUCACAUAAUUACUGACCGACAGCUCCGAGAAUCCUUUUUCCGGAUCUUAGAUCAUGAAGAUCUUGACUGGAUGCUUUAUGGGAGUAAAACUGAUGUUUCUGUAGAAGACUGGAGAGCACAUACAGAUUUCAAUGGCUACAACAAAAGUGAUCCUCAAAUAUCCUGGUUCUGGGAGAUAGUUGGGAAUAUGUCCGUUGAGCAGAGAAAUGUUCUUCUCUUCUUCUGGACUUCAAUUAAGUCUCUGCCUGUCGAGGGUUUUGGUGGUUUAGCUUCUAAACUUUACAUCUACAAAACCUCGGAGUCUCAUGAUUGCUUGCCUUCCUCGCACACAUGCUUCUACCGCCUGUGUUUUCCUCCUUAUCCGUCCAUGGAUGUCAUGCAAGACCGUCUUCACAUAAUCACCCAAGAUCAUAUUGGUUGCAGCUUUGGUACCUCGUGACGUGCAAAUUUUCAGGUUGAACUUGUACAUAUGAUAUGUAAUAUAUUAUUCUCCUAAAUAGAUGUAAGAAAUGCCUACCUUCUGAAACUUGACUUCUCUAAGAAGUUUUUUUUUUUUUUUGGUUCUAGUAACUUGUAAGUGUAUACAUGUUUAACUCUGCGUACCCCACCUAGUGGAAUUAUAUUAGGUAUGUUGUUAUAUCAUACGUAUAUAUUCCAUA